AUGACAGCCAACCAAGCUGGCUCCAAUCACCGAUCCAAGCCGUCAGCUUCAGCUUUCAGGUCCAGUGCUUCUGCCGCACUGUCAGGCGGAAUAUUCAAUGAGAAGGGAACCAUGCGAGCAAUCGGAAAUAAAAUGAUGUCGAUGACAAAACUGAUCGGCAUGCCAACGAGAAGUGACGUAGAAGUUCAUGUCGACCAUCAUUACACGUCGAAGAUAUACUCCGCAGGAUCCCAGGUUUCCGGCACCGUCAAAGUAAACACGCAACAGGAUACAGCUUUCGGGUUCGUCGAGAUUAAUCUCCUGGGAAAAGCCAUUGUUCGACGGGAAGAUGUCCACGUCAUGACCGAAACGAUACAGACACUCUUAAAGCUGUACAUGCCUGUACCCGAAUCGGCUUACCCUUCAACGAGGUUAUUCAGACGUGGAAACACUUACUCAAUACCCUUCAGCUUCAUCAUUCCGCAUCAACUCACCAGCAAUGUAUGCCAAUACGAAGUCCAAACAGAAGCAGUCCGGCACCAUCAUCUCCGCCUGCCGUCUUCAUUGACCGGAUUUGAGAAGGAUGAUUUAGCAACAAGUAUGGCAAAGAUACAAUACAGUGUGAGGGCCAGGGUUUUCAAUAUCGACGAUGGUAGUACCGUACAACUACCGGCACCGAUUCUUGAGUCUGAGCAUCCGAUUAGCAUCCUCGCGCCAUCCCCGGAAGAUCCGCCCCUAAUCCUCGACAAGCACGACCUUCAUUACGUUCUCGAGAGUACCAAGCCUGUCAGAAAGAACAUAUUCUCUGUACCUACAGGUCAGAUCACGGCCAAGACAUCCCAACCCCAAGCUAUCCGGUUGAGCUCUGAUGGACACGCGGCAUCCAGUUCGUCAGCCUACAUCGACAUUGCUUUCUGGCCCACGGCGCCAGAUAUGCUGCCGCCGCAGGUCAAGAUCAAGUCUACGAGUAUAUUGGCGCAAAACUGGGCUUCUACGCGACCGGCACAAAGCUUUCCCAACGUUGGCGUAACUCGAGAGCCAACAAUACUGUCUACCCCUACUAUCGUCAACGCCACAAACAUAACACCGUGGAUUCAACAUGUUCACAUUCUCGAGGAUGGGGAAUCAGGAAGAACUAAGGGAGGUAAUCGAGGAUCGAGAGACAUCACGGUGAUACGCAACAGCAGCACCCAGGAUGACGGUGUACCAAUUACAUAUACGUGUUCGACGCAAGUCGAUUUCGGACUGCCAACCUCAAGCCACGUUUUCCCGCCUACAUUCCACUCCUGCUUGAUUUCGCGGACGUAUACUCUUGAGAUCAAGGUCACGGCGGGGGGAGCUGAGCUUCCCCUGUUGGUGCCUGUCCAGAUAUUCAAGGAACAAGAAAGUGGACGCUCUCAGGCGUCCACAGAGUCGGAGUUGCCUAGCUGGGAUAAUUUUGGAGGCGAAGCUGUCUACGCACGUUUGAGGGAGCAUCGCCGAGCGCUGUGA